UUAUAAAUAGCCACGCGUCUCAGUUCGCUCGCGAGCGAAAUGUAGCCAAUGCAGCUACACCGAACGAAUCGGGGGAAUAUUGCUGAGAAUGCUUAAAGAUUCAACAUAAACAUAACACCAUCUCAAAUCCAAUCUGCAGUGGUUUUAUUACCCUCUGCAAGGGCAAGGACCAUCCUUCAACCGUCAGUGCAAUAUUGCGUUGCGGGGGCGGCCCGGCUGGGAAAGGUCGGGAAAAACACAAAAAGCUAUUAAGUGGCAACCGAAAUACAUUCCACGCCCAGCUGGAGGUCCUGUCGCAUUCUGAAAGCAACAAGUCUCACAUUGCGUAGCCGAGAUGUUGACCAAGGCCCGAGCUGGGGCUACUUUCAUUUGGCUUUCGAGUGUUAAGCGCGUCGGUUGCUAACUGGAUCCUUCCUGAAACCAUUCGCCGACAUCCUUCUGCGCCAUGAGAACUUCCCUCCAAAUUUCCCUGCGGCUAAUCGCGCUCCUGGUUUGUUUCAUCUCCUGUCAGGCCACGCUGGAAAGGGAAAACGAGGGCAACAACAUGGCAAACCACAAGCUCAGUGGCGUUAUACAGUGGAAGUACGAGAAGCGACCCUUUUGCAACGCAUUUACAGGAUGUGGACGCAAGCGAACGUACCCCUCGUAUCCCCCAUUCUCACUAUUCAAACGCAACGAAGUCGAGGACAAGCCCUAUAACAAUGACUACCUGUCCGAGGGUCUGAGUGACUUGAUCGAUAUCAAUGCGGAGCCCGCUGUGGAAAACGUGCAGAAGCAAAUUAUGUCGCAGGCGAAAAUCUUCGAGGCCAUCAAAGAAGCCAGUAAGGAAAUCUUCCGUCAGAAGAACAAGCAGAAAAUGCUGCAGAACGAGAAGGAAAUGCAGCAGCUGGAGGAGCGUGAGAACAAAUGAAUCGCAACGAUCGGAGGACUGGAAAACUAACUGACUGGAUAGUUACCACACUGGUUUUGUUAUUGUACAUAUUGCUAUUAUCUAUGACUCUGCGAAGUGCGAAAGAUUCUACAUCACUGGCAUGCAUUCAAUAAAAAAUUGUUGACCUCA